GCAUCGGUGGCUAAGCGCCACAUCCCUCUGAGUCAUCCCGCCAUGGCCGAGCCAUGGCAAAGCGCCUUGGAGGUCUUGGAGGAAUAUACUCAGGCCAUGAAGUACACGUCUUUCAGCGACUGUGAAGAGGUGUGCUUCCUGCAUGCUUCGCGCUUGGCGCAAGCGGUGCAGAGGCUGCCUCACAAUGCGCCCAGCAGGUUGCUGCCGGGCGACGCAAGUGGGGGUGGCAUUGAGCAGCCUCCAGAAACCAAGGAGUUGCCGGACGUUCUACCAAAGACUGCGCCUGCAAUGGUCCAAGCCUUGUUGAAGAACUUGGAGCCCACCUGGCGAACCGAGGUUGGGUCAGAUGGGAUCAAUUCGAUGCCGUGGCCAUGCCAUGCCCAGGCCCUCUUGGCCCCUGAGCCCUUUGCCGCUACGGCGCAGAAGGGCGCAGUGCUGGUUGCGGCAGAGGCCCUGGCUUCGGAGCUGGGAGGAUUGCUUCAAAGUGCCCCCAGCUGGUCUGUGAGGCAACAGGGCGAGUGGGCCCUCUGUAGCAGUAUGGAAAGGUUUUCAGCCUUUCUUCGAUGGCUCACCAGCAUUGUGAUCAGCACCACCAGCGAGUUGGACGACAGCAGCGUGAGCAGCAGCACUGAGGACUUCAGUGCGUCUCUUCGCUCGGUGGCUCGCUUGGUGUCUCGCAUGUCAGGUUACAUGCAAGGAGCGUUGGGCAGCCUCGAUCCUGCACGGCCUGUGAGCGCCCGAAUGGGCUCGGCCGCCGAAGGACUGGACCAGGCUGCCGAUGAGUUGUUUCAGAAGGCCCUUCGUUUGCUGCACGCUGAAGCGUUGGCUAAAGGCGAGAGGCCUGGUGCUGAUGCCGCAGCCCAUGGCACACCUGAAGUGCGUUUCCGGAAUCACCACCGCCGUUCCAUGAUGGGCAAGCGCCGAUCCAUCUUGGCCAUCUUGGCUGGGCAUCCUGAAUGGCAGCUGCCACACGAGGUGCGGAGACAAGAAGGUUUGCAUGAACAUUUGCAAGAACAGCGGGAGGCUGUCAGCUCUCCAUCGUCAGUAAACAGGCCAACAGAUGCUGUUGUCGAGGCGCCAGCCCGGCGGAGUCUGCAAGCUCCGGCAUUCGAAGCCUUGGACAUGGGCAAAGAUGGUGUGGUUUCAAUGGACGGCUAGUUCUGCAGUAGAGGGCGGCGGCAGCAUGCAGCAUGUUUGCUGCCAGUCAAAGGUGCUGCCACUUUGGCCGUGUGCCAGUUGCGGUUGAAAAAUUGAGGGCAGCUGCGGCAUGCGACUACCGCGUGCGACUGUCACCUGCAAUGGAGUGUUUGUUCGACAAUUGCUGAGUAAGG